AACCGGCGCCCUCUAGACACGUAACAAAGAAAAGACUCAAGCCUGGAGAAGAGAAGCACGUGGGGCUGGAUCAUAGGGCUGAACACGGUGAUGACUCCGGAAGUGACGACUCAAAUCCUUUCCAGAUCGAGGCCGGCACGAUGGCGGCGGACACGCAGGGGCAGGUUUCAGACACACUGAAGAGAUUCGCUGUGAAAGUCACGUCAUCCAGCGUUAAAGAGCGCAAAGAAGUUCUUGAAGAACUGAAGGAAUGUGUCAAAGGAAAGGAUCUUCCCGAGCCGGUCAUUAAAGGACUGUGCAAGCUCUUCUAUCUGACUCUGCACAGAUACAGGGAUGCUGCGUCUCGGCGAGCUUUGCUCUCGGUCAUCGAGGUGCUCGUCCAAUCACAGCCUGAUGCCAUUGCGACCAACCUCCCCCCCGGUCUGCUGAGCUGUGGGGUGGUCAGCAGGGGCGUGAUGCCCGGGAAGAGCACGGCUUCAGGAGCCUGCUGCGCUCUGCCCUGGACCUGCUUGAUCGUUCGGAUCGUCUUCCCCUCCGCAGACAACAGAGAAGGGGCCAAAUGGAAGAAACUGGUUGAGGUUCAGAGUGUGCUGCUGGCGGAGGUUGUGGGCGGAGCCUCAGGGAACGCUCUCAAGUCAAUCAGCAAAUGCUUUAACAAGCUGUGGAAGGAGAACCCGGGUCUGGUGGAUCAGUACAUGAGCACUCUGCUGAGUUUGGAUCAGAGCUGUGUGUGUGUGCCGCUGCUGGGCUUGUGUGUGGACUUCUGCACAGCUCACAAAGACAUCGCCACCAUCAACAAACACAAGGUGUCUCUCUUGGACCUGUACGUGAAGACGGUCCUCAUGAGUAAGACCAGACCGCAUCAGCACAUCCUGGAGAAGAGCGGCUCGAUGCUUCGCCACAUGUCUCACACAGAGUUUAAGGAGCAGCUGCUGCCCACGUUACAGAAAGCUCUGCUGCGCAGCCCGGAGAACUCCAUGCCGACGAUCUCCUGCAUGCUGGCGUCUCUCACUCUUGAUCUGAGUCAGUACGCGCUGGACAUCGGGAAGGGCAUCUCCAGUCAGCUGAAGGCCAAUAACCCAGAGCUGAUGGAGCAGGCGGUGAUGGCCCUCCAGAAUCUUUCCCAGCAGUGCAGUGACCCCAGCGCCGUCCAGGACCUCGUCAAACACCUCUUCAGCAUCCUCGGAGGCUCCGAGGGGAAGCUCACUGUUGUGGCCCAGAAGAUGAGCGUUCUGUCAGGAAUCGGAGGUUGCAGUCAUCAUGCCGUCUCUGGCUCUUCCUCUCAGUCUCUGAGCUCCAGCGUGGCUGUGAUGUUCAUACCCUACCUGCAACAGGAAGUCCACGAGGGGACGCUGGUGCAUGCAGUGUCUGUUUUAUCACAGUGGACGAGCCGUUUGACUGUGGACGUGACCUCAGAGUUGAGAGAAUGGUUUAAAAAAGCCUUCACCCUGAAGACCUCCACGUCUCUUGUGCGUCAGGCGUAUCUCCAGGCCAUGAUCGGGGCUUUCAAAGGCGAUGCUCUCAAUCAGGCGGUGGAGUUCCUGCCUCUCCUCAUCCAGACGGUGGAGAAAGCUGCUGUGCAGAAUACCCAGCAUGCUCUGCUGUCUGAAGGCGUGGCCUCCUCUGUGCUGCUCUGUCGGCUGUCUCUGCUGGACUCUGUGUCAGAAGCGAAGCUGGCGUCCUUCUGGAACCUGAUACUGGAUGAAAAGAAGCCUCUGUUCACUACCGACAAGUUCCUCUCUCAGGCCAGCGAAGAAGCUCUGUGCACUGUCCUGCUGCUGUGUGAAAGACUGUUCCUGGAUCAGCCACAGAGACUCAACAACAGCAAGUCUCAGAUGUACCAUCAGGCCACAGUGAUGGCGCUGCUCUCCCGUCUGUGGCGUGUGCGAAAGCGUGCUCAGCAGACCGUGAAGAAACUCCUGUCCUCACUGGGCGGCUCCAGUCUGGCCCACGGCCUUCUGGGAGAACUGCGUGUCGUCAUCAACAAACACAAGAUUCUGCCGUCAGACGUGGUUUAUACGGAGACCGGCGAGCUUACAGAGAUGGGCCGCUCUUACAUCGCCCCGAGGAUCCUGCUGGACGCUCUGAGCGUGAUCUGCUCGGUGGCAGCUCAGUGGAACGACCCGACCGAGACUGAGAAACUGGCCUUGGAUAUGCUCAUCGUGAGCCAUCAUCCGUCCGUCGUGGCCGUCAGGUCUGAGAUGUGGCCUUCUCUGCUGUCCACCAUGAAGCUGGACGCAGCUGAAUUCAUCGAUAAACACCUGGAGAUGAUCCUGCCACUCCUGUUAGAAGCUAACAUAGAUAAUCAGGCCGUUCAGAAUGCGGUCGGUUCUCUGUCGGUUCUGUCUCCCACCAGACUGCUGCCUCGUGUCAUGGAUCAUGUGACUCAGCGCUUGUCCAAUCCGGCGCUGAGACAGGUGACGCGUCAGGAGUAUGCCAUCAUGCAAACGCUGGAGGGAGAACUUUACGACAAGAGCAUCAUUAUGAGCGCUCAGCAGGAGAGCACAAAGAAAGGCAACAUUAAAAGAGAGAAUAAGGCCUAUUCCUUCAAAGAGCAGAUCAUUGAACUGGAGCUUCAGGAGGAGAUCAAGAAGAAGAAAGGCAUCAAAGAGGAGCUCCAGCUGACCAGCAAGCAGAAGGAGAUGAUGCAGAGUCAGCUGGAGAAAGAGUCGGGCAUCCGCAAGCGCUUGCAGGAGCUGGACAUGGAGCUGCAGUGUGCGGUCAGUCUGCUGGAGGCGGCUCUGGCACGUCAUCCUCCUCUGAUCUGGAUGCAUCUUCCUGGAGUCCUGCAGGUUAUUCUGCCCCUGCUUCAGUCUCCUUUGGCUGCUCCACGCAUCAAACCGGUCUUCCUGCACAUCGGCGUCACUCUCAUGCCUAAAGAACUGCACUACCUGGCGGUUCUCGUGGGUCAUGUGACCUUGCGUCAGCUAAAGCCAGAGUGUGAUUUGGAUCCUGCCUGGGCUCAAGAAGAUCUGGACACAGCGACACAACGAACCGUCUCACUGCUGCACACAAACACGGCACUUCAGAGAGACGGCAAGACCGGAUCAGGUACAUUUGUCCUGUCAGCGCCAGCGUUCUCCUUCUGUUUCCCGCUGCUUCAAGCGGUGUUGAGUCAAAGCAGUGGAUCCUCAGAGGAGGACGAGCUCGUGAUGACCCGUGCUCUACAGGUCAUCAACACACACGCACAGCUACGGGCCAAAUCUAACGACACGCUUGCAGACGAGAACGGCCCAGAGCUGCUUCCUAGAGUCAGUAUGCUGCAGCUCUUGACCAAAGUGAUCGGCACGUCCACCCCUCGCCUUCAGGUGCUGGCUUCAGGCUGUCUGACGGCUCUCUGUGCCAGCGCUGGAGGGGAGGAGGGAUGUGCACUCGCCGAACAGCCUGAGAUUGACGCUCUGCUGGAGGCUUUACUGUCCCCGUGCUUCUCUGUCAGAGACGCUGCGCUCAGGGGUCUGCUGGAGAUGGAGUUGGCAUUGCCCACCGACAGCGCUGACCCCAGCGGUCUGAAGAUGCUGAGGAGACUGUGGGUGGCCAAGUUUGAUGUGGAGGAGGAGGGCAGAGCUCUGGCGGAGAAACUCUGGCAGGCUCUGUGUCUGGAUCUGGUUCCUGAACUCUGUGCGCUCCUGAUUGAGGAUGUGAUCCACCACGAGGAGGCGGUGCGUUCGGCGGGGGCCGAGGCUCUGUCCAGCGCCGUCAGCCAGUACCACGAGCAGUCGGCCACCGUCCUGACCCAACUCACGGAGAUCUACCACCAGAAACUCUACAGACCUCCUCCUGUUCUGGACGCUUUGGGACGAGUCAUUUCUGAAGCUCCUCCUGACCAAUGGGAGGCCAGGUGUGGCAUUGCUCUGGCGCUCAACAAACUGGCUGAGUUCCUGGAUGAGAGUCAAGUGACGCCCCUCUUCCUGUUCUUUGUGCCGGACGCUCUGAACGACAGACACGCAGAGGUGCGGCGCUGCAUGCUGGACGCAGCGCUGUCUGCACUCAACACACACGGCAAGGAUAACGUGAGCUCGCUGCUGCCCGUGUUUGAGGAGUUUCUGAAGAACGCUCCGCAGGAUGCUAACUAUGACUCUGUGCGGCAGAGCGUGGUCAUCCUCAUGGGCUCGCUGGCCAAACAUCUGGACAAGAGUGACCCUAAAGUCAAACCCAUCGUGGCCAAGCUGAUCACAGCCCUGUCCACUCCCUCACAGCAGGUCCAGGAGUCGGUGGCCAGCUGUCUUCCUCCUCUGGUUCCUGCUAUAAAGGAGGACGCCGGUGGGAUGGUGAAGAAGCUCCUGCAGCUGCUGCUGGAGAGUGACAAAUACGCCGAGAGGAAGGGAGCGGCGUACGGACUUGCCGGGCUGGUCAAAGGUCUGGGGAUCCUGUCUCUCAAACAGCAGGAGAUCAUGACCACGCUGACCGACGCCAUCCAGGACAAGAAGAACUCCAGACGCAGAGAAGGUGCUCUGUUUGCGUUCGAGAUGUUGUGUAACAUGCUGGGGAAGCUUUUUGAGCCGUACGUGGUUCACGUCCUUCCUCACCUGCUUCUCUGUUUUGGUGAUGGGAACCAGUACGUCAGAGAGGCAGCGGAUGACUGCGCUAAAGCUGUGAUGAGGAACCUGAGCGCUCACGGCGUGAAGCUGGUUCUGCCGUCUCUGCUGAUGGCUCUGGAGGAGGAGUCCUGGAGAACCAAAGCAGGCUCGGUGGAGUUGUUGGGUGCGAUGGCGUACUGUGCUCCUAAACAGUUGUCCUCGUGUCUGCCGAACAUCGUUCCCAAACUGACGGAGGUUUUGACCGACUCUCACGUGAAGGUGCAGAAAGCCGGUCAGCAAGCGCUCCGACAGAUCGGCUCCGUCAUCCGCAACCCUGAGAUCCUAGCGAUCACCCCCAUCCUGCUGGACGCUUUGACCGACCCGUCUCAUAAGACACAUCACUGUCUGCAAACGCUGCUGGACACCAAGUUUGUGCACUUCAUCGAUGCUCCAUCUCUGGCUCUGAUCAUGCCCAUCGUCCAGAGAGCGUUUCAGGACCGUUCCACCGACACACGCAAGAUGGCCGCGCAGAUCAUCGGAAACAUGUACUCACUCACUGACCAGAAGGAUCUGUCUCCGUAUCUGCCCAGCGUGGUUCCAGGACUCAAAGCGUCUCUGUUGGACCCCGUGCCCGAGGUGCGGACCGUGUCUGCUAAGGCUCUGGGUGCGAUGGUGAAGGGAAUGGGUGAGUCCUGCUUCGACGAUCUGCUGCCGUGGCUCAUGGAGACGCUGGCGUCUGAACAGAGCUCUGUGGAUCGAUCCGGUGCGGCUCAAGGUCUGGCUGAAGUUAUGGCAGCACUAGGUGUAGAGAAGCUGGAUAAACUGAUGCCAGACGUGGUUCAGACGGCCAGUAAGGUGGACAUCGCCUCUCACGUCAGAGACGGAUACAUCAUGAUGUUCAUCUACCUCCCUCUGACCUUCGGGGACAAAUUCACCCCGUAUGUGGGUCCCAUCAUUCCCUGCAUCCUCAAGGCUCUGGCCGAUGAGAACGAGUACGUGCGAGACACAGCCCUGCGCGCCGGCCAGCGCAUCAUCAGCAUGUACGCCGAGACGGCCAUCGCUCUACUGCUGCCAGAGCUGGAGCAGGGUCUGUUCGACAACCUCUGGAGGAUCAGAUUCAGCUCGGUGCAGUUGCUAGGCGACCUGCUGUUCCAUAUCUCCGGGGUGACGGGGAAGAUGACAACAGAGACUGCGUCAGAGGAUGACAAUUUUGGCACGACCCAGUCGAAUAAGGCCAUUAUUGGAGCGCUGGGCGCAGAGAGACGCAACCGUGUGCUUUCUGGGCUCUAUAUGGGCCGCUCGGACACACAGCUGGUGGUCAGACAGGCAUCUCUUCACGUGUGGAAGAUCGUGGUGUCGAACACGCCUCGAACGCUACGAGAGAUCCUGCCCACCCUCUUCACGCUGCUGCUGGGCUUCCUGGCCUCCACCUGCCCAGACAAGAGAACGAUCGCCGCUCGUACUUUGGGUGACCUGGUGAAGAAACUGGGUGAGAAGAUCCUGCCUGAAAUCAUUCCCAUCCUGGAGGAGGGUCUGCGCUCGGAUAAGAGCGACGAGAGGCAGGGUGUGUGCAUCGGCCUCAGCGAGAUCAUGAAGUCCACCAGCAGAGACGCAGUUCUGGUGUUCUCCGAGUCUCUGGUUCCCACCGUGCGUAAGGCCCUGUGUGAUCCUCUGGAGGAGGUUCGUGAAGCAGCUGCCAAAACCUUCGAGCAGCUCCACACCACCAUCGGUCACCAGGCCCUCGACGACAUCCUGCCUAUGCUUCUCAAGCAACUGGAGGACGAGGAGACGUCAGAGUUUGCUCUGGAUGGAUUGAAGCAGGUGAUGGCUGUGAAGAGUCGAUCUGUCCUGCCUUACCUGGUGCCUAAACUGACGGCUCCUCCUGUAAACACGCGUGUCCUGGCCUUCCUGUCUGCGGUGGCAGGAGACGCUCUGACCAAACACCUCGGGGUGAUUUUACCCGCGCUGCUCUCCUCUCUCAAAGACAAGCUGGGCUCAGACGAGGGCCUGCAGGAGCUGAGCAACUGUCAGGCGGUGAUCCUCUCGGUGGAGGAUGAAGUGGGCCAGAGAAUCAUCAUUGCGGAUCUUCUGGAGGCCACACGAGGAGCAGACGCUGGGCUGAGGCAGGCGUCCGUCACCAUCCUCAACGGAUACUUCUCUCGAACACGGCUGGACUACAGCGCUCACACACGCAUGCUGCUGUCCGGCCUCAUGCGGCUCAUGAACGACCCCAACCCCGAGGUGCUCAACCAGAGCUGGGACACCAUCAACUCCAUCACCAAGAAACUGGACGCUGGCAGUCAGCUGUCCCUUAUUGAUGACCUGCACAGGGACAUCCGCUCUGCAGCUGCUGAGGUCAAAGGUCAACACUUACCUGGCUUCUGUCUUCCCAAGAAGGGAGUGACGUGUAUUCUCCCCGUGCUGAGGGAAGGCGUGCUGACAGGAAGUCCGGAGCAGAAGGAGGAAGCGGCUCGUGCGCUGGGCGGAGUCAUUAAGCUGACAUCAGCGGAGGCUCUGCGGCCCUCUGUGGUCAGCAUCACCGGACCGCUCAUCCGUAUACUAGGAGACCGAUUCGCUUGGACCGUGAAGACGGCUCUGCUAGAUACGCUCACUCUGCUGCUGGCCAAAGUGGGCAUCGCUCUGAAACCCUUCCUGCCACAGCUCCAGACCACCUUCCUGAAGGCCCUGCAGGACUCCAGCCGGGCCGUGAGGCUGCGGGCGGCCGAGUCUCUGGGUCAGCUGGUCUCGAUACACACUAAAGUAGAUCCACUGUUCACAGAACAGCUGUCGUCCAUACGCAACGCAGAGGACUCUGGAGUCAGGGAGACGAUGUUGCAGGCCCUGCGCUUCGUCAUCCAGGGUGCAGGGUCAAAGGUCGACCCCUCCAUCAGGAAGAACAUCACCACCACACUGCUGGGCAUGCUGGGACAUGAUGAGGAUGCCACAAGAAUGGCCUCAGCAGGCUGUGUUGGCGAGCUGUGUGCCUUCCUGUCAGAAGAGGAGCUCAAGAGUGUGUUACAGCAGCAUGUCCUCGCGGAUGUGUCCGGCGUGGACUGGAUGGUGCGUCACGGCCGUAGUUUGGCUCUGGCCAUCGCAGUGAAGUCCGCUCCUGAUCGGCUGUGUUCAGAGGAGUACAGCUCGUCUGUGCUGGAGGCCGUCUUAUCCAGUGCCACCUCAGACAGAAUCCCCAUCGCCUGCAGCGGCAUCAGAGCCAUGGGUUACCUGAUGAGACACCAGCUUCGCUCAGGAGGACCGGAGAGCGUCUCGCCCCGCAUCAUUACACAGUUCAUCAAGUGUCUGCAGAACCAGUCGAGUGACAUUCGUCUGGUGACGGAGCGAGUGCUCUGGUGGUUGUGUAAGGAGGCGGAGACUCCCGCGCUGGAGCCCAAUCUGAUCAAACCGCUCAUCAAGGCCCUGCUGGACAACACCAAGGACAAGAACACCGGCGUCCGAGCGCAGAGCGAACACACACUCGUCAGCCUGCUGCGGCUGCGCCAGGGAGACGACGGCAUGCAGAGCAUCAGUGCGAUCCUGGACUCGGCCAGUAACGAGCUGCUGUCAGAAUGUUACCGCAGAUCCUUGAAGAAGAUCUCCAGCCUUCCCGACUCCAACGAAGAGAUCGACGACACCAUCCUGACAUGAUGGACAGCCUCAGCUGCUCUGAAUCCUGCAUCUGUCAGUCUCACACACACACACACACACACACACACACACACUCUCUCUCUCCUCACGCUAGCUUUGACUCUUCAUGUCGUUUACACCACAAGGAAAGCCUGGGAAAGUAUUCAUUGUGCUGAUCCCCUGAAAUCAUCAACUAAAAUCUGCAUUUUCCUUUUAAUUUAAAUUUGUGACUAUUUUUCGUUUGGUUUUCUUCUGAAAGAUGAAGUAUUAAUUUGUGCCAUUUCUUUUCAAACACUGAUGUUCCGCUGCCCUUUUCUAUUUCGUUUGGAUGGUGAGCAGUUUUUUUUGCUGUUGUGAUUGAUUUCUCCGUGUGUGUGAGAGACACGUGAGCCAUUAACAACCCUAAGGAUGUAAUGCUGAUUUAUCCACUUAGCACUGUGUCCAUUAAUAAUGGUUGUAUGAAUAAAUAGAAAAUGAAAAGUUUGCUUUAAUAAAUGUUUUGACUCAAAGAAAUGACCUUUGUUUUGUGUUUUAAUGUUUUAAUAUUUAGUUCGGGGGAGGUUUUGAAUGAAUAAAAUGCCUUUUUCCAUCUUCA